UUGACAGCGCCAAGACGCUGUCUUCUCAGAUUCUAACUUCUUUCACAGGCGCCUUGGCGCUACUCUUUCGGGCAGGCAUGGUGUUGGGUCCAACGGGAAUAUCAAACAUAAAAGCAGUGAAAGAGGUGUUCUUCCAGGCCUCCGCCGCCGACUACUACGAAAUCUUCGGCUUCCUUAGCCGCAUCAUUUUCAUGUUCCUCAUCGGCCUUGAAACUGACUUGUCCUACAUCCUCCGCAACCUCCGUGUUGCCGGACUCAUCGCCUGCGGUGGAGCCGUAGUCGGCAGCAUCUUCGGCAUCGCGGUCUCCUUCUUCCUCUACCAACAAUUCGAAGAGAAGAACAGCAAAUUCGGGUUCUUCAUCAUCAUCAUGCUCAUCCUUGCGUACACGGCCUCCCCCGUCGUCAUCCGCCUCGCAGCCGAGCUCAAAUUCGCGACGUCCGAUGUCGGAAAGCUCGCCAUCUCAUCGGCCCUCAUCAACGAAAUGGCCUGCUUGGCCAUCUUCAACACCAUCCUGGCCUUAAAAUCGUUCCAAGGUUUCGGGAAGGGAAUAUUGUGUCUCCUAUUUGUGUCGGGAGUUGUGAUUCUGAACCAAUACUUAGCCAGUUGGUUCAACAAACGAAACCGCAACCAAAAGUACCUUAAAAACAUGGAAGUGUUUUUCUUGCUGUCGAUGGUGAUUGCUGCGUCCAUUAUUGUGGAGCUGGAGUCGUUCAACAGCAUAAUAAGUAGCUUUGUUUUUGGGCUAGCUUUUCCCAAGGAGGGGAAAACGGCCAGGACUUUGCUUCAUAAGCUCACGUAUUCGGUGCAUAAUUUUGUUUUGCCAAUAUAUUUUGGGUAUGUGGGGUUCCAAUUUGAUGGGAAUAAUCUGUUCAAGCUGAGCAAUUUGUUGAUAGUGGCGAUUAUGGUGCUGUUGAGUAUUGGGAGCAAGAUGAGUGGGACUUUGGCGGUUUGUAACUACUUGAAUAUACCUUUGAAUGAAGGGGUUUUUCUUGGGUUUGUCCUUAACUUGAAGGGCCAUGCAGAUCUCUUGCUCAUUGGUGGAGCCUCCAAAGCACUCAUUUCAUGGAGCAACCCCCGAGCAUACAGCCUUCUGCUAAUAACGAUUGUAAUAAACACCAUAAUCUCGGGGCCAAUGGUGGCGUUCCUGAUGCGGCGUGAAGAGAAGCUAUUCUCCCACACCCACACGAGCCUGGAGCUGAACGAUCCAACCCAAGAGGUUCGGGCCCUAGCCUGCGCGUAUGGGCCACGUCAGCUAUCUGGAAUCUUCCCCCUCCUGUCGGCCCUGAGCGGCGGGCAGAAGUCCCACCUCACCCCCUUCCUCCUCCACCUCAUCGAGCUCCUCCACAAGCGCCGCACCAAUCUCUCCUACCACGAGCUCGAGGAGGACGAGGUGAGCGACGAGGAGGGCUACGGCGGCAACGACGUCCUUGAGAUCCACUGCGCCCUCGACACCUUCAUCUCCGACAGCAACAUCUUCGUGUCCCUCUCAAAGGCCGUCUCCUCCUUUCCCACUCUCUACGAGGACGUCUGCACCGCCGCUGAGGAUCUCCGCGUCUCAGUUAUCAUUCUCCCCUUCCACAAGCACCAGCGCAUUGACGGCAAGAUGGAGACCGGCAAGGACGGCAUCCGCACCACCAACCAGAAGAUUCUACGCCACGCCCCUUGCUCCGUCGGCAUCCUCAUCGACCGAGUUCAGACCGGGUUUCUCGCCUUCUCCCAUUUGUUGGUCUCCGACAACGUGCAGCACGUGGCGGUCCUCUUCUUCGGUGGGCCCGACGAUAGGGAGGCCGUAGCGUGGAGUAGGCGGAUGAUUAGUCACGCAAGGAUUAAUUUGACCAUUAUUCGCUUCAUGCCCUUGCCAACGGGGGGUGGUGCUGCCCACGGCCAUGGCGACGGUGCUGGUGUGGCCAUGAGUGAAGGGGUUUUGAUGGCUUUGUCCAGUCUGGCGGCGAGGAACAGCUCCAAUGAAACGGAUAAUGCAUUUCUUGCAGAUUUCUAUAGCAGACACGUGUCGACAGGCCAAGUAGGGUACAUAGAGACGCACGUGAGCAACGGGCAGGAGACGGUGGCGGCGUUGAAAGACAUGGGAGACAUGUACUCGUUGUUCGUGGUGGGAAAGGGAGGAAGGGCGCACUCGCCGCUCACCACCGGCAUGAGCGACUGGGAGGAGUGCCCGGAGCUCGGCACCGUCGGCGAUCUAUUGGCCUCUUCAGAAUUCAACAUCAAUGCCUCCGUUUUGGUCGUUCAACAACAUAGACAGCAAAAGAAAGUCCUCAUUGACGAGUAACACUUCUUCUUCUUCUUCUAUACCUUGUAAAUUAUUGCAUUCUU